UACAAAACUAAAGACGACCCAUUGCUAAUUGCUUUGGUCAAGAGGAGAAAGAAUGGUGUUUGGGUCUCUGAAAUUCGUCUAAAACAUUGGUUGUGAGGAGAAAGAAUGACGAUUGGGUCUUCGAAUCGAUGGUGGUGGUUUCCGGAAAUCGGAUGUCGAAAUUCAUAGGGCUUGUCUUCUGCCUUCGUCAAGCGCUCGCCGGCAGAGAAAGAGAACAUGCAGAGGAAGAAGGC